UGCAUGUCCCAUCACUGAAAGGACCCAAGCAAAACUGCCAUGGAAGAAAAUGAAUACUCAGGAUACUGGGAGCCUCCUAGGAAGCGUUGCUGCUGUGCAAGACAGGGGACACAGCUCAUGCUGGUGGGGCUGCUGAGCACAGCAAUGUGGGCUGGCCUGCUGGCCCUGCUUCUUCUAUGGCACUGGGAAACGGAGAAGAAUCUAAAACAGCUGGGAGACACUGCAAUCCAGAAUGUCUCUCAUGUUACCAAGGACUUACAAAAAUACCACAGUAAUCAAUUGACCCAGAAGUCCCAGGCUGUUCAGAUGUCACAAAACUUGCAAGAGCUCCAAGCUGAACAGAAGCAAAUGAGAGCUCAGGACUCUCAGCUCUCCCAGAACCUGACUGAACUCCAAGAAGAUCUAAUCAACGUCAAAUCCCAGAACUCUGAACUCUCCCAGAAUCUGAACAGACUCCAAGAGGACCUAGUCGACAUCAAAUCCCUGGGCUUGAAUGAGAAGCGCACAGCCUCAGAUUCUCUGGAGAAAAUCCAGGAAGAGGUGGCAAAGCUGUGGAUAGAGAUACGGAUGUCAAAGGGAACUGCAUGCAACAUAUGUCCCAAGAACUGGCUCCAUUUCCAACAGAAGUGCUACUACUUUGGCAGAGGCUCCAAGCAGUGGCUCCAGGCCAGGUUCGCCUGCAGUAACUUGGAAGGGCGGCUAGUCAGCAUCCACAGUCAAACGGAGCAGGACUUCCUGACGCAACACAUCAACAAGAGGGAUUCCUGGAUUGGCCUCCAGGAUCUCAAUAUGGAGGGAGAGUUCCUAUGGACCGAUGGGAGCCCCAUGAGUUAUAGCAACUGGAAUCCGGGGGAGCCCAACAACGGGGGCCAGGGUGAAGACUGUGUGAUGAUGCGGGGAUCCGGCCAGUGGAAUGACGCCUUCUGCCGCAGCUACCUGGAUGCCUGGGUGUGUGAGCAGCUGGCAACAUGCGAGCUAUCUGCCCCCUUAGCCUCUGUGAGUCCAACAGGACCCACCCCGAGAAAUGAACCCUGACAAACUUCUGCCCACCCUCUUCUGGAUUUCUCCUCUACCUUUACCAUGGCAACAGCCAGGCCUCGAGGAUACCACUAUCAAGGCCUGGGCUCCUCUUUGUGACUCAAGACUAUGAUUACAUUCCCAUCCAUACUGAAGCACCCGGUGGGUGCCAGCUCUUGCCAGCUACCCAGAAAGCUUCCACUGCUCUCCAGCUAAGCUGACCAUCCCAUUCCGUCUGUCCUCCUCCAACCUGAGGCCCAGCCGUGCAAGCUCCCUGACUACUGGCAUGUACGUGGGCAGUUGAGCCAACCAGGGAACUGCUGAGA